UGUGCACCAUGUAGAGGGUCAAAGCGAUCCUUGAUGCUCUGUUUUUUUCCAUUAGGUGGAAUGACUUUGGCCUUUUUGAAAAGUCCAAACCACCUACUUAUCUUUCAUCUAACAACUGUAAAGGGUCCUUACUUUAUUUUGUAGUGAUUGGGUUUUUGAGAAUGUCAAAAGAGAUUUUCAAAUAUUCUAAUUGAAAGGGAGCAGCUCUAUGUGGUCACAAGACUACACUGUUGGGUGGAAGGUUAUCUGUUAUAUCACCAUCUCUCUCUCUCUCUCCCUCUCUGGCAGAAAGAAACAAUGCCAAUUUCCUUGCUGAGGAUUGUGCUUGGUCUACUUCUUUUGGUGUCAACAGGAACAAAAUCUGCUGGGGAGUUCGAGCAAUGGUGCAUAGCUGAUGAGCAGACCCCAGACGAUGAGUUGCAGGCAGGCAUUGAUUGGGCUUGUGGGGAAGGAGGUGCAGAUUGUAGCAAGAUUCAGGUGAACAAGCCUUGCUAUUUGCCCAACACUGUGAGGGACCAUGCUUCAUAUGCCUUCAAUAACUACUAUCAGAAGUUCAAGAACAAGGGUGGAACCUGCUACUUCAAUGGUGCUGCCAUGAUCACUGAACUCGACCCAAGUCAUGACUCUUGCCAUUAUGACUUCAUUCCUUGAUUCGAAGGCAAGUCUAGUUUAUGAAGUCCCAUGAGCAGAAUUAAAGUUGAAGACUUUUUCUUUUCUUUUUGUCUUCUUGAGGAAAGAUUCCCAUAAAGUUUGCUGUAGUUCUUCCUUCAUAGCUGAGUGGUGGGGUUGAGUUUUGUAUCAGGAGCAAACUUCAAGUCUUGCAGAAAUGGGGUUGUAAACAUUUUUGGCCUGACUUCAAAGGAAAACGAAUUUUAAAGCUGAGAAAGGUAAAUGAUUUUGAGCUUUUCGACCA